AUGAGAAGCGAUGAUGACUAUGAUGGUGAAAAUGUAUUUUUUGACCAAAAUGGUGACCCUCCAGCAAAGUAUGAGAUAAUAAACUGGCAUUUAAAUAAAGACAAUCAGCAUGAGUUUGUCACUGUUGGGCAUUAUGACUCAUCGGUAACCGGUCAAGAACAUUUAUUUGUGAACGUAACCUCUCUUAUGUGGGCACAAAAAACAAACAAGGUGCCAAUAUAUGUGUGCAGCGAGAGCUGUCCUCCUGGAACAAGGAAGGCUGCACAGAAAGGAAAGCCCAUCUGCUGUUUUGACUGCAUACAAUGUGCUGCAGAUUCCAUUGAAUGUCAACAAUGCUACCAGGAUUACUGGUCUAAUUCUCAGAGAGAUAAAUGUGUGAAGAAAGAACUUGAAUAUUUAUCCUAUAAAGAAACUAUGGGAAUUUUGCUUACAGUUAUUUCUAUUACUGGUGUAUUUAUGACAAUGGUAAUAGCAAUCAUAUUCUUUAGACAUAAAAAUACCCCAAUCGUCAAAGCCAACAACUCUGAGCUGAGCUUCUUGCUGCUCUUUUCUCUGACUCUGUGUUUCCUCUGUUCACUUACUUUUAUUGGUCAGCCGUCUGAGUGGUCCUGUAUGCUCCGUCACACAGCCUUUGGGAUCACCUUCGUCAUCUGCAUCUCCUGUGUACUGGGAAAAACAUUAGUGGUGUUAAUGGCUUUCAGGGCUACACUUCCAGGCAGUAAUGUCAUGAAAUGGUUUGGGCCUCCACAGCAGAGACUCAGUGUAUUUGCCUUCACUCUCAUACAGGUCCUUAUUUGCGUGCUUUGGUUGACAAUAUCCCCUCCUUUCCCCUUUAAAAACCUAAAAAGCUACAAGGAAAAGAUCAUUCUAGAAUGCCAUUUGGGCUCAAACCUAGGUUUCUGGGCUGUGUUAGGUUAUAUAGGAUUUUUGGCUCUUUUAUGUUUUCUUUUGGCUUUCCUGGCACGGAAAUUGCCUGAUAAUUUUAAUGAAGCUAAAUUUAUCACAUUUAGUAUGCUGAUUUUCUGUGCAGUUUGGCUUACUUUUAUUCCUGCUUACGUCAGCUCUCCUGGAAAAUUUACUGUAGCUGUGGAGAUAUUUGCCAUUUUAGCAUCAAGCUUUGGCUUAUUAUUUUGUAUAUUCCUUCCAAAGUGUUACAUAAUAAUACUAAAGCCUGAAAAGAAUACUAAAAAGCAAAUUAUGUGCAAAGUCCUUUGA